ACAGCUGUGGGAACGGAAGGGGCGGCGCUCGGGGCCGAGCCCGGCGUCUCGGGGGGCCUGGCGGGCGGGUGGCGGUGCGGGGCUCCGGACGGGCGCGGAGGGCGGAACUUUCGGACCCAGCCCGGCGGGACGGCCGGAAGAUGGCGGGAUUUCCAUAGUCUAUUUACUAUGAGCCCCGUAGCUCGGCCCUAUCUUCAGCUUCAGCAGUCUCAGCUCCACAGGCUGGAGAAUAAAUGGGAUUUGUACACAUUGCACAAGGAACUGCAGUGCUGAUAUCUUUUUCUUCUGGUUGUUAUUAACAGAAAGUUAAAUGUCGUCAGAAGAUCGAGAAGCUCAGGAGGAUGAAUUGCUGGCCCUGGCAAGCAUUUAUGAUGGAGAUGAAUUCAGAAAAGCAGAGUCUGUCCAAGGUGGAGAAACCAGGAUCAAUUUGGAUUUGCCACAGAAUUUCAAGAUAUUUGUGAGCGGCAAUUCAAAUGAGUGUCUCCCGAAUAGUGGCUUUGAAUACACCAUUUGCUUUCUGCCUCCACUUGUGCUGAACUUUGAACUGCCACCAGAUUAUCCAUCUUCUUCCCCACCUUCAUUCACACUUAGUGGCAAAUGGCUGUCACCAACUCAGCUCUCUGCUCUCUGCAAGCACUUAGACAACCUGUGGGAAGAACACCGGGGCAGCGUGGUCCUGUUUGCUUGGAUGCAGUUUCUUAAGGAAGAGACCCUAGCGUAUCUGAAUAUUGCUUCUCCUUUUGAGCUCAAGAUGGAUCCUCAGAAGAAAGUACAGAGAAGGACGGCUCAGGCCUCUUCCAACACAGAGCUAGAUUUGGGAGGAGCUACAGGAUCUGAUGCAAGCGAAGAGGAAGUUGUAGAUGAGAGAGCUGUUCAGGAUGUUGAAUCAUUGUCAAGUCUUAUCCAGGAAAUUUUGGACUUUGAUCAAGCUCAGCAGAUGAAAUGCUUCAAUAGUAAAUUGUUCCUGUGCAAUAUCUGUUUCUGUGAGAAACUGGGUAGUGAAUGCAUGUACUUUCUGGAGUGCAGGCAUGUGUAUUGCAAAGCCUGUCUGAAGGACUACUUUGAAAUCCAGAUCAAAGAUGGCCAAGUUCAAUGCCUCAACUGCCCAGAACCAAAGUGCCCUUCAGUGGCCACACCUGGUCAGGUCAAAGAACUAGUGGAAGCAGAGUUAUUUGCCCGCUAUGACCGUCUUCUUCUCCAAUCUACCUUGGACCUGAUGGCAGAUGUGGUGUACUGCCCCCGCCCUUGUUGCCAGCUGCCUGUGAUGCAGGAGCCUGGCUGUACCAUGGCCAUCUGCUCCAGCUGCAAUUUUGCCUUCUGUACCUUGUGUAGAUUGACCUACCAUGGUGUCUCUCCAUGUAAGGUGACUGCAGAGAAACUAAUAGACUUACGAAAUGAAUACCUGCAAGCAGAUGAAGCCAAUAAAAGAUUUUUGGAACAGAGGUAUGGCAAGAGGGUGAUUCAGAAGGCUCUGGAAGAGAUGGAAAGUAAGGAGUGGCUGGAGAAGAACUCCAAGAGCUGCCCCUGCUGCGGAACCCCCAUAGAGAAACUAGAUGGAUGUAACAAGAUGACGUGUACUGGCUGUAUGCAGUAUUUCUGCUGGAUUUGCAUGGGUUCUCUGUCCCGGGCAAACCCUUACAAACAUUUCACUGAUCCUGACUCCCCAUGCUUCAACAGGUUAUUCCAUGCUGUGGAUGUUAAUGGAGAUGUAUGGGAAGAUGAGAUUGAAGACUGAUUCAUUGUCUGCUUAUGAUAUGGAAGUGGAAUGGUUUGCCCUAAUCUUCUGUCACGUACACAAAGUAACCUUGCAGGAUGUUUAGGGUGCCAUGCACUCACUCCUCCUGUGAAGAAGAUAAGAAAGAGCAAGGUUUAUAUUUUCAUUGGUACUACUGAUUAAGGCACAUUCAUGCAUUUUUCCAUGUAACAUAAAUUGAUAAAAUUAUAAGCCAAAGGUUCAGAAAGUGAAAAACUAUAGGAUAUUAAAUAUUAUAAGGUGCCCAGAGCUCGGAAUAGUUAAAAAGUAUUUAUUUUCUUUCCCAAGCCUUAGGUAGGGAGAAGGGUCAAACUUAGAGCAGUCUGAGAAAAGCAUCUCUCUGAGACAUUCUGUUGGGGCUCAGUCCUCACAACUGAGGUGGAUAAAAGCCUUGAGCGCACUGUACCGGGCUCCAUCUCGUCCAUGCUGCUCAUUCCUUCCACCCUCAGAUUCUGCAUGUUCUCCAUGGAAGGAGCCAUCUACUCUAACUGACUGGAUGGCCUGGUGUCAUUUCGAUCUUUUCCAAGUAGACAUUUGUAAUGGUUUUAAAAAUGUUUUUAAUACCACAGACACUGUAGCUCACUAGAUUAUUCCUGAGUGGUACACAUAGUCCAGGGAUUGUGAGCCAAUUCUAGAAUUUAAUGGUAAUGGCUCCAAAAACUUUUGGCCCUUUCCCACCUUCUGAGUAAUAGAGCUUAGACUUAAAACUUGUCUUUGUUACCUCAUUCCACAUUUUCUCCCUUUCCUCCACCUGCCUUGUUGGUAAGGACAGUUUUAAUGUUAAUUCCAGCAGCACGUUUUUAUUUCCUCUGCUGAAAUAGGAGAAAACCUAGUAUUCCUGAACCAAGCUGAACAAGCUGUGCGUUCUUUCAGUACCUGGGUUUGAACCUGUAUACAGCACUAUAGUUCUAGUCCUAACUUUCUGAAUGCUUUUUAAAGGUCUUAUAAUUUGUGGGAAUUUGGCUUCUUACUGUUUUAUUGCAACCACAGUAUUUUGGGUGAUAAUUUUAGCUUGAUACCUAGAUUCUUGUUUUCUGGUUUGGUUGGCCUUUUGGAAAAUUGUCUUUCCUCAUGGUUUAGCAAGUGGCUUGCUAGUCACUUGGUCAAUAUUUUUGAAAAAGAGGACAGAAGAAUUCAACUGCACCUGUGAACAUGUUUUUUUCAACCUUACAUUGAAAAUUAGGGAAUGCCUUUUAACUGUCAGCAAGGAUUGUGUUUCUGGAUUGUCAUUGAGGAUAAUCUUAAAAAAUAAAAAUAAUUUUAAAAAAACGAUCUUAUAAUUAGAACAGAAUUGCUGCUGUUUAUUCUGUCACCAGGGCAACCUAUAGCAUCUUAAAAACUGUAACUUUUGUUGGGAGCUGGGGAUUGAACCCAGGCAAUAUGAGCAUGUGCUUUUUUCACUGAGCUAACUCCCAGCCAUAUAACUUACUCAUAAAAUGGCUAGAUCAUCAUCAUUAAUAUUGCUCACUAGUCUAGUACAUUUUUUACAUUAUUUAUCAUUACCUGGGCUCGUGACUGAGCUUAGAUUUUAGGGCUCACGUUCUCGUUAAACAAGUUAGUUUCAAGGGCUUCCAUCAAUCACAUUUAUAUAAGAGCUUCAGUUAAUUUAAGUAAUAAGUUGAAAAGAAUUAAGAAUUAAAAUUACUCAAUAGUGUAUACCUAAGGAGAGUGGCAUUUGUGCUUGAACAGGACCUUGUUUUAGAUUAAUAGUAGCCACUGAAAAUCUGCUCAAGAUUUUAUUUUGGCUGUUAUAGAUUAUGAUAAUGAUGUCAUAGGAGUAAGAAGAAACCUCUAUAACAAAGUAUUAACAAUAAGUGGGAAGAAGUUUUUCCACUUAUUUUAAAAAAUGCAACAAGGGGAUAAAGCUCAAAGACUUGGUUAUUUGUCUAUUUCUUUCUUAGGUACUAAUUGUUCAUCCUUCACUUUUAUCAGAAACUAUGAGGCUUGUAAAACCUUGUUUUUGAGACAUGGGCUGAUUUUAAGAUGGCACAAUUUUGGCUAGAGUACUUUUGACUCUGGGUAAAAGGGAAUAUUUGAGUAACCCUAACUACCCUUUGAAGCACAUUAGUUUGUAGAAGGUUGCUAUGUCAAAGUAUCAGAUGUAAUAAACAGUUUUAUAACCAGCUUAAUUUCUUGAGAGCCUGUUUUAUAUGUGGGCUGAGAUUUGAUGUAAAUUGACAUGAACAUCAUGGGUCCUUUGGUAAGAAUUUAAAGUGGCCAUGUCUCUUGAUUUUUAUAAAAGAUUGGGUCUAAAGCUAAUACAUGAAGAUAAAGUUGCAGUAACUUUUUUCCCCCUAAAAUAAAAGCUCUGUGACUUUUCA